AUGAGUCGAUGGUUCGGGUCAAAGGCCAAGGCUCAUACGCCUACUAUGACGGCGGAGGAAGAAGAUGGGCACCUGAGAUCUGUAGAGCAUGCACUUCUUCAACUCCUGAAUGACGAUGUUGCAGAGGCAGAUAAGCUUCUGAAGCAGCAAGAUUCGUCUUAUCAUCAUCUUGGGAGGGGACUCUCGAGUUUUGUUGCUUCUAUGUUAGGAGUAGAGAAGGAACUUUUGAAGGGUGCAUCAGAGACUUUACAAGCUGCAGAAACAAAGUCAUGGGAUGACAUGAAGAAAGCACAGAAGGAACCGGCAGCUUUUCAGUCCCAUAUCUACCCUCCUGGAACGGAAUAUCUCUUGUGCUAUGCCAUUUCUCAGCUCACGAGCGCCAUAUGUGCAGUACUCAGCGGCUCUGUGACUGAGGCUAUAAAGGGAUUUUAUAAGCUGAGAAAAGCUUACCUUACGCUAGAUGGUAUUAUGGAGAUUGAAGGUAAAUAUCUAAGGGAGAGGGCUGCUUCCAGAAAAGGCUCACUUGCUUCACGCAUUAGGCGACCUUCAACUGAAAGCUCGGCUGCGAAGAGGAGCUCGAAAGAGCUCGAUGCUGGCUAUACCACAGCUAGGAAGUCCAAUGGCUCUAUCAAGGGUCCAGCACAGCUUGAGAAGGACGAUAAGUCUGAUCUAGAGCCAGGAGUACCCCUCACUGCUACCAAGGUACAAUCCAAGUUGCUCGACAUUGACCCGGCUUCAGUGGGAAUUACUUCCCAUAUAGAUAUCUUCAUUCACUCAGGCACAAGGCUCUGCUAUGGCAUACUGCUUGUCGUCUUCUCCAUGAUUGAGAAUCCCAUCAUCUCAAAAAUCCUGCACAUUGUUGGUUUCAAAGGCGACCGAGAGCGCGGAACCCGAUACCUCUGGCAAUCUGCUCGUUUCGACAAUUUCAAUAGUGCAAUCGCUGGUAUAGCUCUUCUGGGCUACUAUAACGGACUUGUCGGCUUAUGUGACAUCCUGCCCACGGAUGCUGGAGCAGACGACGACAUGUCCGGCUACCCACGCGCGAAAUGCCGUGUACUGCUCGCGGACAUGCGAGCACGCUACCCCGACUCGAAACUAUGGAAAAUGGAAGAAGCACGCAUGCAAGCUUACGACCGCAAUCUUUUCGAAGCCGCCAAGAUUCUUUCUGCAAACGCUGACGGUAACAUGCAGCAAAUUGCUAGUAUCAACAUGUUCGAAUUGAGUCUCACGACCAUGUUCCUGCACGACUACGUGCUCUCCGCCAAGUGCUGGGGAAAAUACUCGGAGCUUUCCCAGUGGUCACCAACUAUGUAUGCAUACCUUACCGGCUGCUGCUUUCUUGAACUCUACCGGAACUUGAGGAUUAGUGAUCCAGAAGCCGCUGAAAAGUACAAGAAGAAAGCUACAGACUAUAUCCGAAAAGGCCCACCUAUGGCAGGGCUCCAGAAAGUAAUGGGGAAAGAACUACCCUUCGAUCUCUACAUAACCCGCAAAGUCGCAAAGUGGGAAGAGCGCGCGAAAGCCUGGGGCGUGGAUCUAGUAGAUGUGGUGGGUGUUUCUCCAUUGACGGAAAUGAUUUAUUUCUGGGGUGGAGCGAAGAAGGAGAAUGAAACACAAUUGCAAGUUUCGCUGGAUGCGGUGAAAUGGGAACGCACGACUCACCCAGAGAAACUGAAGGAUGAUCUUGACGAGAGCGCUAUUAAGGCAUUACUUGAGGCAUGCAUGCUCAGGAAUCUAGGGAAGUAUGAUGAGGCGAGGACAAUCUUGCAGAACGAGAUUUUGAAUCAUGAGAGACAGGAAUUCAAAGGCCAUCUAAAAGACGACUGGAUGCUACCGGCCGCGCACUACGAGAUGGCCUGUCUCGUAUGGCAUGACAAAGACCUACCUUCCAUCUCACCGGACGAGCAUAAGGCCAAGGUACUCGAGUGCGAAGAAUGGCUGAAGAAAACGCAGAAUUGGGAGCAGUACGUGCUUGAUACGAAUGUGAGCUUCAAGCUUACUACGAGCUUGCUUACGGUCAAAAGGCAUAUGAGGAUUAUGGGUAUGGGUAUGGGUAUGUAG